AUGUACUGGGUGCUACUCCUUUUCGUGUCGAUAUGCAUGGCCAACACGGAGACAUGCUUGGUACGGGUGCCCGAGUACUACAAUAUUGUACCGCACCCGUCACCCAUAUCCAGGGAUGCCAGGUUCAGUCGCGAGCUCCAUCGUCUCAACACCACCCACACAGUACUACUAGACUACCCCAUUGGAUCCAUCGACGACCAGGAUAUGUCCAACAUAAUCACAGUCACAUACGAUACCGUUGCGCAACCACGAUCAACACUACUAGUGCGCGUGAACAACUACGGAGACAAUACGUUUACGAACGGCGACAUGCUCAACAUCAAGCUAUGCUGGCCGGCCACCAUGCCGUACGACUUUAGCAUUGACCAUGUGUAUAUGCACAGCAACGAGUUGGUUGAGAGUGUGGAGGAUGAGUUUGAUUUGUAUGUGGCGGUCACCUACGAGUUCCAUGCCUUUAGUUAUGACAAUGGGAGGUUUUUGCAAGAAGAAACGGCAUUGUCCUUCCAAUUGUACGUGAACAAAUUGCCCAGUAGAUUCUUACCCAUUCCAUUGGAGUUGUACGACACAAUCGUGUAUCUAGUAGAUAUCACAAUAUUCAUUGUCUGGAACAUCUUGCCAUAUUUGGUUAAGGGUGUAUUAGAAGCCGUGGGGCAGUAG